AUGGGUAGCUAUGCAAUCGGCAUCCACCGCCAGCAUAGAGUGAAGCAGUCUGAUAAAACAGAGUUGAAGGUCAUAUGCAUCCACACCGUGAAAGGUUGCCGCGGAAGAGUUCUCGCUAGACUGAAGCCUGGGGUAUGUCAGUCAUGGCAUAUCACAAAAAUAGUGGAGCAUACCUGUGAGCAAACUGGGACUCUUUCAAAUCACUGCAAUGUGAAAGCAAGAUAUGUGGCACAGACGAUGGAAACGAUUGUGCAGGGAAGUCUCAACAUUAGUGUUAGGGCUCUACAAAAAGAUGCAGAAGAUCAAAUUGGCUUCCCUGUCAGCUACAGCAAGGCUAGGCGUGCAAAGGAAAAUAUAUUCAAGAACUUGUAUGGUACCUAUAAGGAGGCCUAUUCUUAUGCCCCCAGAAUGCUUCAUCAGAUAGCAAGUGCUAAUAGGGGGACUCAAGUUUGGCGGAGAGAACGUCCAAACCCAAUGAACCCAGGUGAGCUAAUCCUGGACCGCUUAUUCUGGGCAUUCACCCAGACUAUACAAGCCUUUAGGCACUGUCGCCCGGUAUUAUCAGUUGAUGGUACCUUUCUCACUGGAAAGUACAAGGGCACACUAUUGGUGGCAAUUGCAGCGGAUGCAAAUAAUCAGCUUCUUCCUAUUGCAUAUGCACUGGUCGAGAGCGAGAACAAAGAUAGCUGGUUGUGGUUCCUGAGCUGCGUGAAGAUGGGUGCCGUGAAAGAGUGUGAAGGUGUUUGCAUCAUCUCUGAUCGCAACACUGAAUUAUUAAGCGCUCUUGACAUAAUUAAGGCGUCGGAAGAAGAGUGGGGCUGGCCCGAUCUAGAGGGAAGGUGGUGCAUGAGGCAUUUGGCAGCAAACUUUUACUCCAAAUUCAAAAACAAGAAUUGGUUCAAGUUAUUCAAGAGGAUGUGCAUGCAAAAAACUGAAGCCAAAAUGAAUGCGAUCUGGGUAGGUAUCAAUAGUGAGAUCGAACGCGCGGCCUUGCCGCAGUGA